AUGGAAAACCCGGGCCCGAAUUUUGAGCGUAAAAAGGAAACGGCUGACUGCGCCGACUCCCAGCCCCUGGCCGAUAAUCUCAUGCAGCGGCAGGCGAUAAGAACGCUGGAGGAGCACAAGGCAAGGUCCCCGUUGCCUCCUUUGGGAGAGAGUGAAGCUGCCACAGCCGUCGCCGCCGCCGCCGCCAGAGAGUCUGCUGGUGCAGGGGAGGCUGCUUCCAGCGGGGAUAGCGAUGUGGAUUCCCCCUCCACCAUACCGUAUCUAAGACUGUGCAGUCCAUCUUCCGUUCUCAAACGAAAGGCAGCCACACCCACGGAGAGAAAAUCAGUGCCCAAGACCCCACGUGCCAAGGGAGGCGAUCAAAUUGCUGAUCUUUGCGGCAGGGAUAUGCCCGUUGUCUCUACCUCUCCCCCUGCCUCCUCCAGUGAGGAGCCACUGUACUCAUCCAGCGUGGAUACCGAAACCACAACCGAUUCCCCCCAGACGCCUGAACCAGAGGCGGGGCAGGAAACGACAGCUGCUCCGAUUGCUUUCUGGCCAAAGUACAACCGCUACGAGCAGGAGAAGUUCCUCCAGCCGCUGUCCACUCAGACGAGCUUUGUGAUCGAUCCGCUGGGCACUCACUUUCCCGAGGGUCCCUAUCGCCUCCAGAGUCUCGAUCAGGUGCAUCCCGCGAUGCGCCUGCCCAUCAUAGUGCUGCCAGCAGCUCCCGAUGGCCUGAUCACUUUGAAAAAUGUUAGAGCCUUGCUGGUGGAUCUGAAGUUCCAGCAGUCGGAGGGGCGUCCGUGUCCCUGGGCACCAGCAGAGCAGCCUCGCGAGGAGGUCAUUAUAGAGCGCUGGUUUGCGGGUGGCGUAAGUAGGAAAUAUAAAGUCGUCGAUGAUGUCGCAAAGUUGGCAUCGUGCGAUGAGUGGCGUCGCAUUGUGGCCGUCUUUGCCUGCGGCCCCAUCGAACAGUUCAAGAGCUGGUGGCCCUGGAAGGGCAAUGCCAAACUGAUCUUCCUGAAUGUGUGCGCCUUUCACCUUUACCUAAAGGGCACACCCGUGCAUCAGGAUCUCGCCCAAAUGUUGGACACCAAGGAAGUGAAUCCACUCGAGAUUAAUCUCCCCGAGCCGUACACACACAGCGGCACAUUGCUUUCCUUUUGGGGCACACUGGACAAGUUUGUUCACUCCAAUGCAAGAUUUCGCUUCCUCCUAGAUGAUUAUUAUCCAGCUGAUACAUACUACUAG